AUGUCAAUUCAGAAAGGUUUAAACACUGUCCUUUGGUUGAUUGCUGUCCUAAAGAAGCUUACAUCUAAGCAGGAUUGCGAAUAUCGACAAAGAGAUGAAAAGAGGCGACCAGUUUCCCAUGAGUACGUCUCCAGCUUGGAGAGUCGAAUCGCCUGGCUAGAAAGCCUGAUCAUGAGAAUCAAGGAAGCCGACUUUCAGGAUAGAGAGACCAUCCUCGAAGCUGUGUCAUUCGAUCACCACCCGCGUCAGGAACAAGAGCACCCUCUCACCGGAAUGGCUGACGUGGACGGCGACACAUCGCCUCUUGAGCCCAAACUAGAGACGGAUCUUGCCGGAUCACUCAUAUGCCAUGGGCCUACAAGCAUAUAUCAGGUUUGGCCCAACGAGCCGCUCCCAAGAGACCCGCCGACGACAAACCUGCCUCUUGGGUCACAAACUGAUCUAGAGCAAAUCGCGGGACAUUUCGGCAUCAAUCUCGACAACGAGAUCAUUCUUGAAACGCUCAUGUUAUUCUUCAAAUGGCAGUAUCCGCAUUUCAUGUUCAUCUACAGAGAAGCAUUUCUCCGAGACCAUUACAGCAAUUGCCGUUCAGCCUGCAAAUAUUGGUCUCCCUCCCUACUACUAGCGAUCUGUGCAUUGGGAUCAUUAAUGAGGCCAGAUAUUGAUCAUGGGCAAGUUGGUGGACGAUUUUAUGCCGCAGCCGAAAGCAUCACUUUAGUCUUUGGUCUGUCCCAGCCAUCGAUAACGACUGUACAGACUCUACUUUGUCUUUCCUUUUUCGAGAUUGGUCGGGGAAACAGCUCCAAGGGCUGGGGCCUCUCAGGUAUGAACAUAAAUUAA